AUGCAACUAGUUGUGCUUCUCGUGCUGGCCAUCGUUGCGGCUCUUGGAGUUGUGAAGCUCGCCCGUUCAUACAUCCGACUAGCUGGUAUACCAGGUCCUUGGCUUGCCGCCCACACAGACCUCUGGCGCUUCAGGGCCCAGAACUCUCAAGGAUACGCAGGGCGACUUGUCCAGCUUCACAGACAAUAUGGAAAGCUCCUCCGCAUAGGGCCAAACCAUGUCACGGUCAGCGACCCAAACGCGGUCUCCAUCGUGUACAGCAUGAAUCCAGUAUGGCGAAAAGGUCCCUCCUAUUAUGGUGCUACCACAGUCAGCCAGGGUCGCGUGCUGCCCAGCAUCAUUGCGAUGGAGGAAGCCCAGCAUACCGCUGUACGCAGGACCGUUGGCCGCGCCUUCGCAACCACCUCUCUGCUCGACUACGAAUCUUAUAUUGACCAUUCGGCUGCGGAGUUUGUCCGUGUCGUUGGAAAGCUUGAGUCUGCUGAUAUCGGAUUGUGGCUACAGUUCUUUGCCAUGGACGUGCUGAUGCGCAUCGGGUUCAGCGAGACUCCCGGGUUCAUGCAAAAAGGGGGCGACGUCGACGGCAUUCUCGGCGCAGUCAUCGAUCGAUUCGAUCACUGGGGCCGCUGGGGAGCAAUGCCUACGAUGGAUUAUGUCUUCAACAAAGGUCCGCUGGCAUCUAUGCUCAAAGGCAAAACUGACAGCCCACUCGCACGAGUUGGCGCGGCCAAAUUUCACGCUCGCAAGACUGCUCUAAACCCGCCGGAUCUGGCUGAUCUUUGUCAAAAGUUCCUUGAAGGCAGAGCCAAGCACCCAGAUGCCUUGAAUCAUGACGAAAUCUUGGGCAUUAUCCUGUCGACAAUUGGCGCGGGUGCUGACACUACCGCCGGAACUCUCACUUACACGCUCUUCUUCCUCGCCAAACAUCCGCAUUGUCGAAAGAAGCUCCAAGCAGAGAUAGAUGCCGGGUUGCAGAAUGGUACUCUAUCCAACCCACCAAAGUGGGGAGAAGUCUACAAGCUGCCAUAUCUUGAGGCUGUUCUGAAAGAAUCCAUGCGAAUAUUCCCCAUAGCUUCUUGGGGCCUGGAUCGCAUUGUCCCAGAGGGAGGUGUUACCCUUGCCGGAACAUUCAUUCCACCAGGAACUGUGGUCGCGUGCCAGAUCGAUGCCAUCCACCGGGACACGGAGGUCUAUGGUCUUGAUUCAGAAGACUUUCGACCUGAGCGGUGGAUUGAAGCUGAUGAAGAGCAAAAACGUCGCAUGGACCGGUCUUUCCUAGCCUUUAGCUCGGGCAAACGAGUCUGCACGGGUGUUCAUAUUGCGUGGCUAGAGAUGAAGAAGACACUUCCUUUGAUCAUGAUGAACUUCAACUUGGAACUAGUUGACCCGAACCAGGAUUUGAGUAAAGGCAUCAGGGUCAGUGCAGUCAAGUAUCCCCCGCCGGUUUGGGUAAAGGUAGUGAAGAGACAAGAUGGGCCUGUGUCCUCUUAG